AUGGACGUAAUGGAAUCAGCGAUAGCGGAAGCACGGACAUGGGCAGCGGCCCAAACGGUAGUUGAACGGGUAAACUUGGAUUGCUCUACUCAACUCAGGCACGUCCCACUAGGAGAAUGCUGCCAGAUUGAUGGAGCAUGGAAAGCAUUAGAAUGUCGGGCAGGACUUGGGUGGUACAAUUUCGAUCCCGAAUCGGGAUCCACUUUGGUGGGGUCCAGUAACCUACGGCGGGGAUUGUCUCCUUUACAGACAGAAUUGGAGGCAUUGGUUUGGGCUAUGCAAAGCAUGUUAGUCCAGAAUAAACGGCGGAUGAAUUUCCAAAUAGACUGCGCUCCGUUGGUGACGAUGGUGUCCAAACCUGCGGAGUGGCAAGCGUUUGCGAUCUUGCUAGACGAAGUAGAGAAAUGCAGAAGGAUGUUCCAGGCGUUCUCCCUAUCACACAUUCCCAGGACAAAGAACACGAAGGCAGACAAGCUAGCACGAAUUGCUCGAGAUCAGCCUCAUGAUGUGUACUAUAUAAACUCAAUUCCCCCGGUUUUGCUUCCCGAACCGGUCUAG